CCAGCGUUGACGUUAAAUAGGUAGCUGCCCUCCAGUCUUGAUCAAGGUUCUUGAGAGGUAAUGGCUGUGGCCUCUCGACAGAGCACGACCGAACCACACUUGAAAGCUCGGUCCACGAUUCACCAGUUUCCAAACCCUCAAAAGUUUCUUCGUCGACGAGGGCAUCUACUGCGAAUACGGUAACCGGUUGACGUCAUGAUAAUCAACAUAUCUUUCACCAUGUUGCUGGCCAACAUUAGCCUUGCAAGUGGUUUGGCUGACGCGCGACUGAUCUCUUACAACAUCCGCUAUGCCACAACAUUACUAUCAACUAAUGAGGAACCAUGUUGGGGUUGGUGGGAAUGAUGGGGCGCAAGAUGGGGAGUAUUCACCCAUUAUCUUCCAAGCAGACACCUGGCAAACUGGAUGGAAACAAGACGUACUGGCUCAGCCAGACGCCCCACGUGGUUGGUUGGGUCUACGGGAUGGGAUGCUGCCUUACCGCGUAUCGUCACAGUUGCACAGUUCAAGCAUCGCACAACAGGUGUGCCUCUUGCAUUCAUGUGCACGCACUUUGACCAUAUAGGGACGGUUGCCUGGAAUGAGAGCGCCAAGUUGAUCAUCAAGAUAGCUGAUGAGUGGAUGGUCCAAGGCUCCAACUCAACGAAGCCCGCUCCUGUGUUUCUGGGCGGUGACUUGAACCUUGAGCCUACAAAGGAGGGAUUCCAGACUUUAACUACCCCAGGCGCUUUCCAGGACAUCAAAGACCUCGUCCCCAAGACACACUGGUACGGCAACGCCAAAACAUCGACUAGCUUUACCACAUCGACUUUGGACGACAUCCGUAUUGAUUACCUGUUCGUGCGCAAUCCUCUUGGCAUCCAAUUCUCGACGUAUGGAGUCUUGACCAACAAAUUCGAGGAUGGGGUGUGUAUUUUGGAUCAUAGGCCAGUAGUGGUAGACGCAGAAAUGCUGGCAUGACUGUGUCGCCAGUGAAGAGAUGGCUUUGAAAAUGUCUGGAGCGGUGUUCCAAGAAGGUGUCUCAAGAAUCAUCGGAUGUUUGCCCCAGGUGCCAAAACGGUCAAGCUUUGAGUGAAUCAGGACAAGGAGAAGAUCAACAGUACCAGGCUUAGAGCGACAGAAUGGAGCGACGGACACGCCGGUUUUAAUGGAGUAUACCGCUUACCUACUGGGAUGAUUUAUUUGCUACUCGUCUUGGACUGGCGGACAAUGACCGCUGCGCAUUAAGUAUAUGUACCUAACCUUCCGUAUUACGAGCCAAGGUUCGAUACACGUAUGUCUUCUCUCCCUCGUCAGACCAGAUUUUCAGGUAGCCUUGAUUUCAGUACUUCGAAGACAAAGCUUAGACCCUAGGGCCGGAGGGUGAGGACCGAUUCAUUGGGAUCUAAAUGCACAUUCAUGUAUUGCGCCUGAGGGGGAAAAAAUAACUCCCAAACCAAAUAAAACCAUAAAAAAA